CUCAUGGAACAAUGGUGCCACAUCCCUCCUGCACAAUUCCAGAGGCCAGUAGACUCUAUGCCACGGCGCAUACAGGGUGUACUGGCCGCACGUGAUGGCCCAACGCACUAUUAAGUGACUUUACAUUGGUGGUUCCAGUUUUUUGUCCUCUACCUGUAUAUCUCAAGUGUAAGAAUGUUUGACACGGUUAAGUUUGUGUAUGUCGCAUUAUGUCCUAAGUUGUUUCCAGUCUGUCCUAUUCGUCCCUUCAGACAUGGAAAACAAGAACAAAUCUGGACAGAAGAGGAAGCAAGAGACCCACGAUGAAGGAGAAGUGACCGAAGUCUUAAAGACAGAGAAGGAUGCCACCCCUCUGCUUUCCGCCCGAGCGAUCGGGGCAAAAAAACGGGAACCGUGCGGCGAGGUCGACCCUGACGGGAAACCAGGAAAGGAAGCGAGGAAGAAAGAGGAGGAAGAGGAGAGUUCCCCCAAACCGCGUAAAAGGAAAUUUGAAGACGAAAGCUCAGAAGUGCCCGAAACAAAGAUCCCCAAGAAGGAACCCCAGGAAGGAGUUGCGAAGGGUCCCAGAUCGAGGGACCGAACCAAGGGGAGACGUCCCAACAGGACCCAGUCUGACAGCGUCAUCGGCAGACAGGCGGCAGCCACUUCCGUCCAGGUUUUCCAGAACCGUAGAGGCAAAGACAUGGAAGAUUCUCCCGGGGGAGCGAAAGUGCCUGACGUCAUUCUGAAGCAGGAUCCCGUCAUCACUUACUCCAAGGUGCUCAGAGACCCUCCGCUCAUCCUUGGGUUACGAGCUGAAAAAGAAGACAAAGAUUUGACUCCUAAUACAGAUGACCCAAGGCGGGGUCCAGCGAUCACAGGCACCCAAGGUUAGUGUAACUGUUGAACACCCAGAACUCAUUAGUUGUUCACAUUAAUCAGCCUUAAUUAGGGGAAAUGCUUGCUUACCUCCA